AUGAAGAAAAAAAUUGUACUCUUCGGUUCCCUCUUUGUGCUGCUUUCGUGCAGCACCGUGUCGUCUGAAAAGUUAGGCAUCCAGAAGAAGAAAAAAAAUCUGGAGCAGGACGCGACGCACGCGUUGAUGAAGAAGUUGGAGAGUUUGUAUAAACUCAGCGCGACGGAUAACAGCGAAAUUUUUAACAAAGAAAUUGAGUCGUUGAAAAAGCAGAUUGAUCAGUUGCACCAACAUGGUGGGGAAAACGAAGGGGAGAGUUUAGGCCACCUUCUAGAAAGCGAGGCCGCCAACGAGUCAACCAAGAAGACCAUUUUCGGCGUGGACGAAGACGAUCUGGAUAACUACGAUGGGGACUUCACCGGGCAGAGCAAGGGCAAAUUUAAGGGCCACUCAUUUAAGGCUCAAAAGAAAGUCGAGGGAAAUGAUGAAAAUAUUGGCGGUGUGCCCGUCACAGGUAAUUCAGCUAGCAACAGCCAGUCCACAGGAGGUUCGGGUUCCCAGAAUGCUUCUCCACCCCAAGGUAGUCCCAGUGAUAGUGCACAAGGAUCACAAGUCACAAACAGCACAGGAAGCACAGUAACUUUAAAUGCACCAAGUUCGAGUCACUCCACAGGUCAACCACAACAAAGCGCUGGAGUUUCACUCCCCACAGGGACUGCUGAAACAGUCGCCUCAAAUACAGCACAGACUUCCCCCCCAGCGGGAUCACCAGGAGGUCAGGCCGCCACCUCAGGACAACCCGAAAGUGGACGCGUCCCGAAUGUAAAGUACCUGGACAAGCUUUACGACGAAGUGCUUAAAACGACGGACGCAAAGGACGAAAUUCACGUCCCCCCCUUCCACAGCAAAUAUAACGAUUUUCGAAAGAAGUACGAAUUUACGAUGAACGAGAGGGAGUACCAGAUUGUAAAAAACCUGUUUGACGCCUUCUUCAAGAAGGAUGGUAACCCCAGCCCUGCUGACGCAGUCAGCUUUUUUAAAAAGAUGUUGAAUGAUCCAAAUGUACAGAAAGAAUUUGACAACUUUGUGCAUGGCCUGUACGGAUUUGCAAAACGCCACAAUUAUUUGAGGGGCGAGAGGAUGACGGAUACGAAACUAUACGAUGAGCUGCUGAAAAAUGUCGUAAAUUUGCUGAACACGAUUGAAGUAAAGUAA